AUGCAAGUCGGAGAACGUUUACCUGCUGAACGAAAGUUGUGUGAACAACUGGGCGUAUCCCGUUCCUCUUUAAGAGAAGCGAUUUCUCAACUGACCAGUACCGGAAUGCUGAUCAGUAAAGGCGGGGCGGGGACCUAUUUACAACAAUUCCCGGUGAACUGGUCGCAAAACCAGAUUGUUGAAUCUUUAAGUAAUUUGAUUGAUGAAGACCCAGCAUAUCGUUUUGAUGUGCAGGAGGCGCGAACAAUCCUUGAAGGUGGUUCAGCUUGGUAUGCGGCACAACGUGCAACACCUAAAGAUCUGGCUCAGAUUCGCGAAUAUUAUGAUCAGAUUUCAUAUUUUCAGUCGAUUGGUGAUGAUGAGCAAGCUUCACUUGCCGAUGCUAAAUUUCAUUUGGCGAUUGCUGAAGCAUCGCACAAUUUAGUGUUGAUACAGAUGAUGCGGGGCGUUUUUGAUCUGUUGCAGUUCAACGUGCUCUUGGGUAGACGCAAAGUGUACUCAGAAACACAUCGAUUUGAUCAAUUGCAUGAUCAGCAUUUUAAAGUGAUGGAUGCAAUUGAACGUCAUGAUCCAGAUGCUGCAAGAGAUGCGGUCUGUGGACAUAUAGAAUUUGUAGUACAGCAAGUGCGUAUGAUUGAUGAGGAAGAAGCCCGUCGUCAGCGUAUGUAUGCACGUCGUGGUGAGGUUCAAGCUGCUGUGGCGGCAGAUAAAAAGGGCAUUCCUUUUACCUUGUCGACCGUGUCUGUUUGUCCGAUUGAAGAAGUUGCACCAGCAAUUAACCGCCCAAUGUGGUUUCAGUUAUAUGUGCUGCGUGAUCGUGGCUUUAUGAAAAAUGCUUUAGAGCGAGCCAAAGCUGCAGGCUGCUCAACUUUGGUGUUUACUGUUGAUAUGCCUGUACCUGGUGCGCGCUAUCGUGAUGCACAUUCUGGUAUGAGUGGUCCAAAUGCAGCGAUGCGUCGUUACAUGCAGUCGUGUUUCCAUCCGCAUUGGGCUUGGAAUGUCGGUUUGCUGGGUCGUCCACAUGAUUUAGGUAAUAUUUCCAAAUACUUAGGAAAGCCGACUGGACUUGAAGAUUAUAUCGGUUGGUUGGGCAAUAACUUUGACCCGUCUAUUUCAUGGAAAGACCUUGAGUGGAUUCGUGAAUUUUGGGAUGGCCCGAUGGUGAUUAAGGGGAUCCUUGAUCCUGAAGAUGCCAAAGAUGCAGUACGUUUCGGUGCCGAUGGUAUUGUUGUAUCAAACCAUGGUGGUCGUCAGUUAGAUGGUGUCUUAUCAUCUGCGCGUGCGCUUCCGCCAAUUGCAGAUGCCGUCAAAGGGGAUAUUAAAAUCCUUGCUGACUCUGGUAUUCGUAAUGGUUUGGACGUGGUUCGUAUGCUGGCAUUGGGUGCAGAUACCUGCAUGCUCGGACGUGCUUUUGUCUAUGCAUUAGGGGCAGCGGGUGGCGCAGGCGUUUCAAAUCUGCUUGAAUUAAUUGACAAAGAAAUGCGUGUCGCAAUGACUUUGACGGGCGCCAAAACAAUUGCUGACAUUAACGCCGAUUGUUUAGGGCGUCGUUAUGGCUCAGGGCAAGUGCUGGCUGUUGUGGUUCCCGGAACUUUGUUUGAACAAUGGCAAGUGCUACAAGCUGCUGUAAAUGCGGACUGUAUUGUGAUUAUGCAAGCUGCAAAUACUGGCCUUACGGGUGGUUCAACACCUUUUGGUGAUGAUUACGACCGACCCGUUAUUUUAAUGAGUACACGUCGUUUGGCGGGUAUACAAGUGAUUAACCAAGGUCAGCAAGUGAUUUGCUUACCUGGUGCAACCUUAGAUCGUCUUGAAAAAGAGUUGGCACACUAUAAUCGUGGAAUAUGUAAUAACUCAGGUGGAGCAUUGGUUCGCCGCGGUCCUGCAUAUACUGAACUGGCACUUUAUGCGUGCGUCAAUGCGUCUGGUGAGUUAGAGUUGGUUAAUCACUUGGUUGUUGUGCUUCUGACCAUCGUUAUGCGCAUGAUGUUAAACAGGUCGAUGAAAAUACACCUGCACGAUUCAAUGCUGAUCCAUCACGUUUAUUUGAAGCUUCAGGUUCUGCAGGUAUUUUAUGUGGGAACCAACUCACAUGAUGAUUUGACGGAAAUCCGUCGUUUCUUACUCAAAGAUUUGCCAAGAUUACCGAUUGCGGGUGAAUACAUUCAUCGUGUUGCCUAUGAUAUUGGUGCUGAAUAUGGCAAAGAUACGUUCAUGUUUAUCGAAAAAUUUGGUACGGCAAAAGUGCCUGCUGCAUUUGCACUAAAAGAUAAAGUGGAUGGAUAUCUCGAAAAAAUUGGCUUACGUAGUUUGUCUGAUAAAGUGUUGCAGAUGGUGACUAAACUGUUGCCCAAUCAUUUGCCAAAACGGAUGAAUGAGUUUCGUGAUUUAUAUGAACAUCAUUUGAUGAUUCGUAUCGAAAAUCAGGAUGGCGUAAGGCUUUUUUACAUCGUUUCGCAGUGGCAGGUGCAGCAAUUCGUUAUCGUGAUACGCAUCGUUCGGAAGUUGAAGAUAUUGUUGCGCUGGAUAUUGCUUUACGCCGUAACGACCGUGAAUGGGUAG